UAAACAGCAAACGCGUACUUAGGGGCAAUUGGAAAUUCACAAUAUCCAUUUCCGUCUUAUUAAUCUACGCUCAUAUUUGUAAGAAAUGGCGACGUCCAAAGGUGCAAAUACUUAUAAUCGACAAAAUUGGGAGGACUCGGAAUUCCCAGUAUUAUGUCAAACAUGCCUUGGAGACAAUCCUUACAUCAGAAUGAUGAAAGAAAAAUAUGGGAAAGAGUGUAAAAUAUGUGCAAGACCCUUCACAGUGUUCAGAUGGUGUCCUGGAGCCCGAAUGAGGUUUAAGAAAACUGAAGUUUGUCAGACAUGUAGCAAAGUAAAGAAUAUAUGUCAGACUUGUCUUCUUGAUUUAGAAUAUGGUUUGCCUGUACAAGUUCGUGAUGCUGCAUUGAAAGUUGCUGAUACCAUGCCAAAAUCUGAAGUAAACAGAGAAUUUUACACACAGAAUCUUGAACGCGAGAUCGGUGAUGGUGAUAGUAUAAAUCCCAUCGGCUCCAUGGCUGGUAAAUCACAGACACAUAGUGAUAUGUUACUCAAACUGGCCAGAACAACACCCUACUAUAAAAGAAACAGGCCCCAUAUUUGUUCGUUUUGGGUUAAAGGAGAGUGUAAAAGAGGAGAGGAAUGCCCAUACAGACAUGACAAACCAACUGAUCCCGAUGAUCCCUUAGCUGACCAAAAUAUCAAAGAUCGAUUUCAUGGCAUCAAUGAUCCUGUUGCUGAUAAGUUACUGAAGAGAUACAGUGAAAUGCCCAAAUUGGAACCACCAGAAGAUACAACAAUUACAACAUUAUACAUUGGAAAUCUGGGUGAUAAGGUCGAAGAGAAGGAUUUAAAGGAUCAUUUUUACCAGUUUGGAGAAAUUCGAUCAAUAAAUGUGGUACCAAAACAACAGUGUGCUUUUGUACAGUUCACAAACAGAACUUCUGCGGAAUCAGCAGCCGAACAAUCCUUUAAUAAACUGAUAUUAAAUGGUCAACGGUUAAACAUUAAGUGGGGUCGUUCUCAAGGUCAACAACAAGCCCCAAAGAAGGAUGGGUCAGACACUGAAGCAAUGAUGGAACCAGUUCCAGGUCUUCCUGGAGCUUUACCAAUGCCACCAGAAGAACUUGGCACAAAUUAUUUUAAUCUACAACCACCUCCCAUGAUACCUGGUUUUAUGCCUAGAGGAAUGCCGAUGCAUAUGAGAGGUCCACCUGGUGGUCCACCAAGAGGACCACCACCCAUGGGACCUUAUGGAAUGCGUCCACCUCGUUCUAAUUUUGGCCCUCCAGAUAUGAGAAUGAUGCCCCCACCUCCUCCUGGUGUAAUGCCUAUGAGACCUCCUCCGGGUAUGAGUGGUGUACCUCCAACAGGUGGUGUCCAUUAUCCAUCACAAGAUCCAACACGCAUGGGUGCUCCUUCAGCUCCACAAAACUAAUUCAUUCUCUUAUUUUAGGUGUUUGAUUAUUGUACAGACUAUAGGAGUUUUAAUUAUAUUCUUUAUAUCAACAAUAUAGACACACAACUGUGUGUAGUACGUUAGGAAAAUCAAUAUGGACACAAUUCUAUGGAAAGUUGUCUGUGAACAAUCUCCAUAGAAUUGUGUCCCAUGUAUUUCCAAUUCAAUUUUUAAAUUCCUUACCCAUUGAAACAAUUUAUCAAAUUUAGUAUUAGUAAGAGAAAAUUGUGAAAUUGUAAAUUUUCAGUCCAUACAUAAAAAAGUAGGUUUACAAAAAGCGUAUUGGUCCAGAAUUUUCUAUAAUAUAUCAAUCUUAGCUUAAAUUAUAUUAGACUAGCUCAAGUUAAAAAUUGCUUAAAAUUUUAUGCCACCAUCUUUAAUUUCUUGUAAUAGUCUGUCAAUUUAUAUCCCCAAAACUGGCAUUUCUAAUAUGUCUGUACUCUUUGUUGUUAUCUGUAAAUUAAAAUAUUCUUAUGAAAAAAAAUUCUUCAUUUGUCCACGAAAAUGAUAACAACCAUCUUGACAAAACCAUCGUCUGUAAACGUAGGUUGUCAUGAACAAUGGUAUGUUAUAGAAUAUGUUUUUGACUAGAUGAUUUGCUAAACUCAUUUUUUUAAAUUAGAAAUGGAUUAAAAGUGGAUGUACAUUGUUAUCACCCCCGUCUUUCAAAAAUUUCUUGAUAAUGCUCCAUUGAAGUGCCCUAUCGAUAUUCUGAUUUUUUAUAAAGUGCAAAUCGUUGAAGUAUCUCCCUGUUUAGGAUCAAACACAGAUUAAUUGGCCAAUAGAAAACUUCUAGAGAAUUUCAAACAUUUAUAUUGUGAACUUCGAACACAUUUCCAGUUUGAUUUAUAAAGCUUGUGAACCCAAUAUAGGACACAGGUCUCCAUGGAAUUUUGUUAUAUUAUCACCCCAAAAGUUUCAAACAUUUUGCAACUUUGUUCAAAUUUGGACUUAAUUAAAAGUGUGUUCACUGUGGAAUUUUUGACACCCAGUGGUUGACAUUAACUUUAGAGAUAGCGUGUUCGAAUUUGCUGUUGAUGGGUGCAUUUUGGUGACUGUGAAGCUUUCAUGCCUAAUUAUGUUUAAUUUUGAAAAUGUAUAAUGUUCUUUUACAUGCAUGCCGAUGUGUAUACGGGACUUCGUUUUUUUGUCCCAUUUGAACAUCUUGACAGCUGUUGAGGUAAUAUGUAAACCCUUUCUUACCAAAUGUUGAAAAACCAUUAACAAGA